UGCUACGGCUCCGCCCCUCCGGAGCUGCAGGAGAAGACGCUGGUGCUGGGGAAGCCGGACGCGGGGCCCUUCUACCCCGCGCUCCUUGCCUACAUGACCUCGGGGCCGCUGGUGGCCAUGGUGUGGGAGGGCUACAACGUGGUCAGGUCCACGCGGGCCAUGGUGGGGGACACCAACUCGGCGGUGGCGGCAGCGGGCACCAUCCGGGGGGACUUCAGCAUGCACGUCAGCAGGUAGUGGCGGACCGGGGUCCACGCCAGUGACUCGGUGGAGACGGCCCAGAGGGAGAUCGGCUUCUGGUUCCAGCAGGACGAGCUGGUGGCCUGGGAGAGCGGAGACCAGGACUACACCUACGGGCCCUAG